CAAUGCACCCCUAUAAAUGUUGUUGUCUUGCUGAAUCUAAUGUUUAUCACCACAAACAGUCAUGCGAUUUUUAUUUGCAAUUAGGGAAUCACUAAUUGCAUAUUUUCUCCCAAUCUUUGUUUCCCUGUGUAUGCUGUUCGCCAAAGAAAUCUCUUCCCGACCACCCCUCCCCCGGCCCCUCCCCCCAUAGUACAAGACAGGUCGUCAUUAUCCGAAGGCACCCACCCGGUGUAUUUCUUUGCUAAACUUAACCAAGCGUGGACCUAUAUCUCGGUACAGUAUUAACUGCCACCUAUAAAUGAUGAACCACUGCUGAAAUGUAUAAGUAUUUGAUAUAAUAUAACGAUCGCAUGCAAUUUGCAACAUUUGUAAUUUAAUGGUGAUCUAAAAAUAGUACUUCAUUUGCUAUACCAAUGUCGCGGCUCUCCCUCGCGGUGAGUGUCAUGUUUGCGUACUAUGGCUCCAGGCUUUCACCGUGUUAUGGCAUUGGACUUGCUUUUCAGACAACACUGAGGAGAGGUUACCAGGGCAAAAAAUUAUCCUAGUCAUCGGUACUAAAGCGAUAUCCGUACUAAUUAGAAAUACAACAUUAUUUUCGGCUGCACAGUAAGGAAAGCGAGAAUGAAACCACCAACAGUAGCCAACGACAGGGCUUGUUUACAAACGGCAAUGAGAUGAACUCGUUAUGAUUCAGUGACGCUGGUAUCAUUUUCAUGCAAAUAUUAUAUUAAUAUAAUGGACAUUCAUUGAUCUUUAUGCACGGAGACUAUAUUAUGACACGGAUCUAUACAAGAGGAUGAUUAUAGGUCUGUUCUCAUGCACAUGCUGACCCGAUGACAGGUUUGAUCGUAUAGGCAACGAGAGUUAAAGUUAAUUUGAUGACUUCACAGGGAUAAUGAAUAUUGUCAUUAGCCACGACUGAUCGUUUACAAUAUAAAUUAACACACCCAUGGACGCCAUUACGGUACAGUGUGACGGUCUCCGGAUAAGUAAAGAAGACCGAACCGGAAAAUCCGAAAUGAAUAACAUUGAAACCGCCAAUGACUUCUUCGUAGGCGUCAAACCAGAGCACCACUGUAUCGAAGUGGACAAUGAUGUCGAAGAUAUGGAUGCUUCGUCACCGUCAUCGAGUUCGGAUGACUCGAUCACAAAGGAAAUUGUGUCUGAUAGAGUGACGGCGACGACGACGACAACGACGAUGAUGACGGAGAAGGCUGAACUACCGUCGCAGACUUGGAAUGUUUCAAGCUCGAGAGGGGAAUCACCAAAUAGAGAAGAUGUUAGAUGCAAGUGUAAGAAAGAACCAAUUCGUACAAAGAGAUUAAAAUGCACAUCUUCUUGUGACGAAACAAAGCCGACGUGUAGAAGAAAACCGAGAAAGGAAAGAAACAAGGGAGAUAACCCGGUGUAUUCAGAUAUAAUCCGAUGUCAGAUCUGUGGCGAUAAAGCAUCUGGCAUGCAUUAUGGUGUCUAUUCGUGUGAAGGGUGUAAGGGAUUUUUCAGGCGAACGCAGCGAUUGAAGAUUGACUAUAAACCUUGUCCAUACUGGGGGCAGCCCGAUGGGUGUAUCGUCAACAUAGGUACAAGGAACAAGUGCCAAUACUGCAGAUACCAAAAAUGUCUUGUGCUUGGGAUGUCCUCUACAGCCGUUCGGAUGGGACGUGUUCCGAAGCAAGAAGUCCUGAAACUCAAAGAGGAGCUGGACGAAAAAGACAAUGUCUUACAUGAAACAGAAGAUCAGAAGGCACAUCGGACAUUUGUCGAUUCGCUUACGGAGCAGUUUAAUGCUAUCGUCUGUGGUACGACACAGCAGGACCUGGAUAAAUUCUGGAAGAGAUGUUCAAGGCCUUUUACUGCUCACAUGCCUUCGGGUACCUAUGUCAUUGAAGGGAUGCAACUGGACAAAGACGGCCCACCUCGGGAGAUCACCAGCCGAGCUGAAAUGGCUCAGCAGUGCUUCGUCAGUAUGGAAGUCAUCAUCGAGAAGUUCGCAACAUUUUCUAAACAGCUUCCCGAGUUCCGACGGCUGUCCUCCGCGGACCAACUGACACUGUUCAAGGGGGCUGCCUUGGAGGUGUGCGCCACUUUAAACUCCAGUAGGUACUACCAUGGUGUCUACAGAUUCCCAGAGAUCAACACGUACAUUCGAAGAGACGUGGCGGAGAAUUCCCCCUUUGGGAAGGUGACCCCAUACACGACAGAGAUGGUGUUCUAUGAGAUGUUCAACGAUCUUGGAUUGACGGACAAAGAGAAGGCUAUAUUCUGCACAUUCCUUCUUUACACUCCAGAUCGCGAAGGUCUCGUAGACAGAGAGGUAGUGGAGCAUCAUCAGGAACACCUUGCCCAAACCCUAUACCGGGAGGUCAAGAAGAACCAUCAAGGUAACCUCUAUGCCAAACUCAUGGAUGUUGCUGUAGCCUUACGCACCUUGGUCCCAGACCACGUGGAGCGGUUGAAACAGAUCAAGAUGCGAUGCAAUGGUCACCUGCCGGCAGAGCUUAGUCCACUGCUAAACGAGGUUUACGGGAGUAUAGUAUGGCUGCAGACAGACGAAGAAAUGCCUUCGAAUGCCAUGCCAGCAGGAACAACCGGAACAGGCAACCCUCUGUGAUCAUUGAUACUUUGAUAUUUUAUGGAGUUACACUGACGUAAUAUUAAAUGUAGAGUGAAGAUACUUGACACCCAAACAGCGCCGCUUCCAAUUUCUGACGAAGUGGUUAGCAGUGAUGUUGCACCAGUUCCAAAUUUUUACGCCAGUACUAGCUUGAUACUACACUUGUAAGUGGUUUUUCCUUUCCCUCUUCUUUCGUUUUAUUCCUCAAGAUUCCCUUGCGACAGAGGCAUAAGACACAUUGCCCCCCUAGAGUUGCCACUUGAUAUAACAAAUAUGACAGAUUAGAAAUUAUAAUUCAUUGCUGCCUGUUCCAUGAUAGAAUUGAUGAUAAGGGUGGCAUGCAGAUCUGGAAACCAUUGGAAUACUCCAGCGAGUAAAAGGACGGAGCCAAAUCGUUUCGCAUUUUUCAUCAUGUUGUAAAAGAGUUUGCCAAAAAAAAAACAAUGAUAAGUUUUAAGAAAAGUUAUUUUUUGUUAAUUUUUAUCAUAU